CCCAUGUACAUUUGUUCUGUGUUCCUUCUUUGGAGUUUCAGAUGCAAAAUUCAAAUUCAAAAAUUUUAAGUUUCAAAUGGGUAGACUACCAAACUGUCGACAGAUGCAACCUUCCUUCUUCAAAGUCCUCAUCGGUGAUUUUUCUAAGCGACUGCUGAUACCUCCAGAAUUUAUCAAGCAUUUCAAUAGGAAUUUGCCAGGAAUAUUCAUCCUUCGAAAUCCAAAUGGAAAAUUGUGGCCUGUGAGGGUGAAAAAGUUGAAGGACAACUGGUUUUUCCGAAGGGGUUGGCGGCAAUUUGUGAGGUAUCACCGUUUGAAACCUGGAGAAUUCUUAAUUUUCAGGUACAAUGGCGAUUCCAAGUUUAGGGUCACUAUAUUUGCUAAAAAUGCUUGCGAAAAGGAAUUUCCAUCAUCAGCUAAGAGGAGGAAGAACAGUGAUCAUGAAAAUGGAAAUAAUCAUCUCCAUACAAAGAAAGAAGAACCCAUUUCCUUUUCUGAUGAUGAAGAUGAACCCAUAUCAGAAUCAAAGAAGAAAAUACUCAUUUCCGAAAUAGUGAAAGAAAAACCCAGUUCUCACAUAUUGAAGGAAGUACUUGGGAAGAAGAAGAGUCUCAAAUCCUCAAAGAAAGGGGUUGCUUAUGGUAAAAUGACUAGUGAAUCCAGUGUAUCAAAGAAGACGACGAAGAGUAGGAUUCCAGCUAACAAGAUUGAAAGGAAUGGGAAUCUUGAAGCAGUGCGCUUAUUCAAAACAGAGCAUCCACAUUUCACCCAGAUAAUGAGAACGAACUCAAGAUAUCAGAUUACUGUUCCAAGGGCUAUUGCAGUAAAGAAUGGGUUCAUAGAUAAGGAGAUAGCAGAAAUCCAGGAUCCGCAGGGGAGGUUGUGGACAUUGAAGAUUGCUCAUAUGAGAGACGGACGUACUUUUCUGCGUACCGGAUUGCUAGAAUUUUGGAAUGGAAACAAACUGGUGGAAGGUGAUGCUUGCGUGUUUGAGUUGAUUGAAGUUGGAGAAACCAAGAAUGCAAUGCGUGUCCAUAUAUUCCGAGUUGUUGAAACCCAUUAGCCAUGGUUAGUUUACUCUUUAAUGCUGUUACAAGUAACGAAGACUGGAGCACCUGAUAGUCCUAUAUAGUGUCCAUGUCCA